AUGGGUAAAGACCGCAAGGUGCCCAAUGUUACUCAUCGGACUUAGCUAAAUGCGUGCGUAAAUGUACCCAUACAUGGGCAUGUGUGAAAACACUGAAUUAUAUUAUUUGACCUACCCAACUGCAAUAGUUAUUCAUUGCAGUUGGAGUAAUACAAAUGUAGAAGUAAAAUAAAGUCAGUAUCAACAUUUGCUAUAAAUUGUUAUUAUUAUUAUUUUCAAACAUUGGAAAUUACAACACAGACGGUGGACAGAAAUAUAAUCUAAGAUAUUCCAAUAAAACACAUCUAAUUGAUGUUUAUUUAUUAAGGCUUGGUUAAUUGGACAUAACGUAUUUGAAAAUGACGCAGUAUCUGUAUGACCGUCCAUCCUCUACAGAUUGUGAUCUGACCAAGGCCGCAAUGAUUUGGCCUAUUAGAGGUUUGGAUGAAAGGAGAUUGUUUGUAUAUAUUGCUUGGGCUUGGUCGGUUAUGAAACCAAAUUAGGCAUAAACAGUCCCAGUGAAGGGCUGCUCACACCUCUGUCUAUUUCAGUCAUUUUAUGACAUGAUAAAUGUAUCAUCCCCUUUCGGCUUUAGAAUAUCAUUUGUUUUCCAUGCAAAUGUUGCAUCUCAUUCGAUAUUAUACAGAUUUUUACCUUGGACCUUGACAGUAUUUGUCACGUCCUACAUAGAUGGACAAGGCCAGCGACGAACAUGGUUAACUUAUAUUUUUGUAUAAUAGACCUACAAAAACAAGAAACGACUCGUGAAUCGAACAAUACCACACGGACAAAAACCACAACACAAAGGAAACAUACGUUAAAUAUGCUCCAAUCAGAGACAACAGCCAACCUGCCCUUUGCCUUGAUGGGAGUCCCUCAGCAAAACUAGAAAUACAAACUAGAACCCCCAUAGAAAAAACCACUUAGAAUGACUGGCCAACAAUGAGUCCCAGACCAGGUGGACAGUACCCCCCCUAAGGCGCGGCUGCGACGCGCCUAAUAAGAGCAAAACAGGAGGGCUGGGUGGGCAUACCUCCUCGGCGGCGGUUCUGGCUCCGGCCUUGCCCACCACCCUCCAACAAACCCCCCAUAGCGCCCCUGGUCCGGUCUGGCCCCGCUGGCUGGAGCUGGACUGGACGUAGCAGGAGCGGUUAGCUUCAGCUCCGUAGUGGAGCCGUUGACCGGUACCUGGUUAGGCACCGGUGACCCAGGCACGGGUUGUGCCGGACAGACGACGCGCACCCCUGGCUUGGUGCGUGGAGCAGCAACGGGCCGGACCGGGCUGACGAUACGCACCCCUGGCUUGGUGCGUGGAGCCGGAACGGGCCUCACCGGACUGACGACUCGCACCCCUGGCUUGGUGCGUGGAGCAGCAACGGGCCGGACCGGGCUGACGAUGCGCACCCCUAGCUUGGUGCGUGGAGCCGGAACGGGCCUCACCGGACUGACGACUCGCACCCCUGGUUUGGUGCGUGGAGCAGCGACGGGCUGGACCAGGCUGACGACUCGCACCCCUGGCUUGGUGCGAGUAGCAGGAACGGGCUGGACCAGGCUGACGACUCGCACCCCUGGCUCAGUGCGAGUGGCAGGAACGGGCUGGACCAGGCUGACGACUCGCACCCCUGGCUUGGUGCGAGUGGCAGGAACAGGCCGGGCCGGGCUGGCGACGCGCACCGUAUACUUGGUGCGAGUGGCAGGAACAGGCCGGGCCGGGCUGGCGACGCGCACCGUAGACUUGGUGCGAGUGGCAGGAACAGGCCGGGCCGGGCUGGCGACGCGCACCGUAGACUUGGUGCGAGUGGCAGGAACAGGCCGGGCCGGGCUGGCGACGCGCACCGUAGACUUGGUGCGUGGAGCAGGGACUGGCCGGACUGGGCUGGCGACGCACACCGUAGGCUUGGUGCGUGGAGCAGGGACAGGCCGGACCGGGCUGACGACGCACACCGUAGGCUUGGUGCGUGGAGCAGGGACUGGCCGGACUGGGCUGGCGACGCACACCGUAGGCUUGGUGCGUGGAGCAGGGACAGGCCGAACCGGGCUGUGGAGACGGAUAGGAGCCCUGGAGUGAAGAGCGGCCACAACCCGUCCUGGCUGAAUGCCUACCCUCACACACUCUGUGUGAGGCAUCCGCACAGGACGUACAGGGCGGUGUAUCCGUAACCUGGUGGCCUCCAGAAUCCGCCCCUUUUUUGCCUCCGUCAGCCCCGUCGUCCAUUCUGGGGUUGCCUCUCGACCGCCCGACGACGACCCUGAUCACGCCGUUGCUCCUCUCUACGGCGCGCCUCCACCGUCUCUUCUCCCGGCGCUUCCUCCAUGUCCAGCCCAAGAGCUGCCCCUGGACACACUGCUUGGUCGUUGCAUGGAGGGUUUUCUGUCACGAUCGUCAUACAUAGAGGAGGACCAAGGCGCAGCGUGUUGAACGAACAUGGUUAAAACUUUAUUAUCUUUAGUGAUAAUAGACCACAAUAAACAAAACAAGAAACGACUCGUGAAGUCCACGGUAACAAUGACCAACACGGACAUGAGUCUCCCGGUCGCGGCCGGCUGCGAAGAGCCUGGAUUCAAAACCAGGGAUCUUAGUGGCCACAGUAGCACUGCGAUGCAGUGCCGAGGGACCACUGGCCACUACCUUUGACCUUGACAGUAUCAGACAUAAAAAUGUAACUCUUGUAUACAAGCAUCUCUACAACUUGUCUGUACAUAGUGGCAUAGUGGCAUUCCUGGCCAGUGAGUACACUUGCUGCCUGCCUACAGCACUAUAUUGAUUUCAUUGUGAUAUUUUAUGUAUUUAUUUUUACUGACUGUCAAUCAUUAAAGGGCAGUGGUGGGAAAAGUACCCAAUUGUCAUACUUGAGCAAAAGUAAACAUAUCUUAAUAAGAAAAUGACUCAAGUAAAAGUGAAACCACCAGGUUGGUAUCGUUCACCUGCAACACCUCGAACCAGUUCUGACCGGCCAUGUGUUGGAAGUGGUCCCCGGCACUUUCAACACAAAUUAUUACUUGAGUAAAAGUCUAAAAGUAUUUGGUUUUAAAAUAUACUUAGUAUCAAAAGUAAAUGUAAUUGCUAAAAUAUACCUAAGUAUCAAAAGCAAAAGUUAAAGUAUAAAUCAUUUCAUAUUCCUUAUAUUAUGCAAACCAGAUGGCACGAUUUUCUUGUUUUUGUAAUUUACGGAUAGCCAGGGGCACACUCCAACACUCAGACAUCAUUCACAAAUGAAGCAUUUGUGUUUAGUGAGUCCGCCAGAUCAGAGGUAGUAAGGAUGACCAGGGAUGUUCUCUUGAUAAGUGUGUGAAUUGGACCAUGUUCCUGUCCUGUUUAGCAUUCAAAAGUUAUUUUGGGUGUCAGGGAAAAUGUAUGGAGAAAAUAUGAAAUUAUUUUAAUUAGGAAUGUAGUGAAGUAAAACAAGCUUAUAUUUUGAGUUCCUGAUGGGGUACGACAGUUGAACUUAGCUCAUGAGGCAUUUAUAAGUUAUAUUCUUUAAGAAUCAAUGGGUACAUACUGUGCAUUCGGACAGAAUUCAGACCUUUGUCCACAUUUUGCUACGUUACAGCCUUAUUCUAAAAUUGAUUAUAUUGUUUUUUUCCCUCAUCAAUCUUCACACAAUACCCCAUAAUGACAAAGAAAAAAGGUUUGUAGAACUUAUUUGCAAAUGUAUUAAAAACAAAAACUGAAAUAUAACAUUUACAUAAGUAUUCAGACCAUUUACUCAGUACUUUGUUGGAGCACCUUUGGCAGUGAUUACAGCCUCGAGUCUUCUUAGGUUUGACACUACAAGCUUGGCACACCUGUAUUUGGCGAGUUUCUCCCAUUCUUCUCUGCAGAUCCUCUCAAGUUCUGUCAGGUUGGAUGGGGAGCGUCGCUGCACAGCUAUUUUCAGGCCUCUCCAGAGAUGUUAGAUCGGGUUCAAGUCCGGGCUCUUGCUGGGCCACUCAAGGACAUUCAGAGACUUGUCCUGAAGCCACUCCUGCGUUGUCUUGGCUGUGUGCUUAGGGUUGUUGUCCUGUUGGAAGGUGAACCUUCGCCCCAGCCUGAGGUCCUGAGUGCCUGGAGCAAGUUUUCAUCAAUAAUCUUUCUGUACUUUAAUCCGUUCAUCUUUGCCUCGAUCCUGACUAGUCUCCCAAUCCCUCCUGCUGAAAAACAUCCCCACAGCAUGAUGCUGCACCACCAUGCUUCACCGUAGGGAUGGUGCCAGGUUUCCUCCAGACGUGACGCUUGACAUUCAGGCCAAAGAGUUAAAUCUUGGAUUCAUCAGACCAGAGAAUCUUGUUUCUCAUGGUCUGAGAGUCCUUUAGGUGCCUUUUGGCAAACUCCCAAGCGGGCAGGCAUGUGCCUUUUACUGAGGAGUGGCUUCUGUCUGGCUACUCUACCAUAAAGGCCUGAUUGGUGGAGCGCUGCAGAUAAGUUUGUCCUUCUGGAAGGUUCUCCCAUCUCCACAGAGGAACUCCGGAGCUCUGUCAGAGUGUCCAUCGGGUUCUUGGUCACCUCCCUGACCAAGGCCCUUCUCCCCCGAUUGCUCAGUUUGGCCGGGCGGCCAGCUCUAGGAAGAGUCUUAGUGGCUCCAAACUUCUUCUAUUUAAGAAUGAUGGAGACCACUGUGUUCUUUGGGACCUUCAAUGCUGCAGACAUUUUUUGGUACCCUUCCCCAGAUCUGUGCCUCGACACAAUCCUGUCUCAGCGCUAUACGUACAAUUCCUUCGACCUCAUGGCUUGGUUUUUGCUCUGACAUGCACUGUCAACUGUGGGACCUUAUAUAGACAGGUGUGUGCCUUUUCAAAUCAUGUCCAAUCAAUUGAAUUUACCACAGGUGGACUCCAAUCAAGUUGUAGAAACAUCUCAAUGAUGAUCAAUGGAAAAAGGAUGCACCUGAGCGCAAUGUUGAGUCUCAUAGCAAAGGGUCUGAAUACUUAAUAUUUUUUUACAUUUGCAAACAUUUCUCAAAACCUCUUUUCGCUUUGUCAUUAUGGGGUAUUGUGUGUAGAUUGAUGGGGGGGAAACAUUUAUUUAAUCAAUUUUACAAUAGGCUGUAACGUAACAAAAUGUGGAAAAAUUGAACAGGUCUAAAUACUAUCCGAAUGCACUGUAUCAUUAAUUUAGUCCAGAAAAUGUAUGUAGCAACUGCUUAUUGCCCCUUUAAGAGUGUGUUUUGGUCUUUAACAAGGUUAUCAAUCGUAUUUCUAAAUGUCCAAUAGCGAUAUCGGAAUUGAUCAUUUUAUCUGUGUUACUCUGCAGGGAAAACUCACAGACUUUGCCCCCAUAAGGGGUUGAAUGUCAACUGUUAUUAUAGGGCAUUCAACCACUUUAUUUGAGAGCAAUGUGCAGCUUUUCCCUCCUGAUUUUGAGCAUGCUUUCUGAAGACCGGCACACCUAUGCCAAGCAUUGACACAUAGUUCAACUUUCGUAUUGAUUCUCUCUCCAGAGCAUGGAGAAGGUGGAGGCCCAGAAUAAAGAGGCCAUCAAGGCUGUGAUGGAGAGUUUUGAGCGAGGGGCUGAGGUGUUGGCCAGCGCAGUCGGGGAGCUCUUCCCUCUCUGCGAGGAAGCCGCCCCUGUCCUACGACUAGCCCUGGACAACGUAAAGAGCAAAGAGGUCUUCUAUGUCAAAGAGCAGUUCCUGGCCGUGAGGAACAAGCUGGACGUACUGUCGACCGAGCUGGAGGACAUUGACUGUGAGAUUAAGAAGCGUGGAGGAGAACAUCAGGAACCAGUUCCGGAAGUACAUGGACAUUCGGGAGGCCAAGCCACAGUUUCAGGAGGUCAAGAAGAGGAUGUUUCUGGAGUUCUUCUCCAAGACCGGAGGGGAGAAGAACCUGUAUGUGCUGUAUGAUGCUCUGAUGGGCACCAACAGCUUUGGGGUGUCCAUCUUGGAGGUGGUGCAGAGGUAAAGUGUUCUUAACCAUGCUAAAUGGGCCUUUUAUGCACCUGUGGAGCAUGAUGUUCAUUUAGUAUUUUAAUUCGAGAGCACUUGUGGCAUGAAUAUGAACUGUUAACUUCUGAUUAUUGUAAAUAGGAUGAUUACUUUUAUUGUUAUUUACAACAGCUGAGUGGUGGUUGGUUCUCCAUCUGUCUCAGGUAUGAGGCGAGAAACAGGCACGUACUGGAGGACUUCUGCAUAGCAGCCUUCCCUGAACAGGCCUGCCUUGACGUCCAGCAUCUUUUCCAGGAAAAAGAGGAACGCAAUCUUCAGGACACGGCUCAGGAAGUACAGGAAUUCCUCACCAGGAAGUACGACUGGGUGAGCUGGUCGGUCCGAGUGGUUAACCACUCUGGCAGCAGCUAUCGGAACUGGCGUGCCGGGGACCACUUCCAACACAUGCCGGUCAGAAAUAGUUUGAGGGGCUGCAGGUGAACGAUACCAACCUGGUGGUUUCCUACAGCACCAGUCCCCAACCGGUGCCCCUCGACUGCAUCCGGCAACUGAUGGAGGGGACCGGGGAAGAAGGGCCCAGGCCGUGGUGGAGGUCCUGGAGAAGCAGCUGGCGGGGUUCGUGGUGCAUGCUGUCAGUCACCACAAGAAGAAGAAGGCCACUUGGAGCUUCCCUGAGGACUGCCACUACUGGGAGAGGCACAAGAACGUGGCGCUGUGCGUACACUCAGAUUGA